AUGAUAUACGACAGCCGAGACAUCCUGUAUUGCUUUCCAAACAACAAUUUUUCAUGUAUCAGAGAAGUCAAACCUGAAGUGGAGUACAUAGUUUUGUACAUUUUUGUUUUUUCACUCUCAGUGUUCACUGUGUUUCUGAACCUGCUGGUGAUCAUCUCCAUCUCUCACUUCAAGCAGCUCCACACUCCAACCAACCUGCUCAUUCUCUCUCUGGCUGUUGCUGAUCUGAUUGUGGGACUGAUUGUUAUACCACUAAUGGGCAUCAGAUUUAUAGAAUCAUGCUGGUACUUUGGAGAGGCAUUUUGUUCUGUGUUUUUAUUUUUUGUUUUUAUGGUUGUUUCUGCAUCUCUUGGUAAUUUAGUUUUUAUAUCUGUAGAUCGUUACAUUGCUGUGACAGACCCUUUGAGAUACACAGUAAGAGUCACAAAUAAUAAAGUUAUUUUUUGUUUAAUUAUGAACUGGCUAUGUUCAACCACAUAUUCUGUCAUAAUCUUAUCCAAUUCUUUGUUCUAUCCAGAGACACAAGACAGAUGUUACGGAGACUGUACAGUUUCUUUUAAAUUUGAACAUGUUGUCACAGAUCUCAUUGUCACUUUAGUUGCCCCCUGUUCUGUAAUCAUGUCUAUAUAUGUGAAAAUCUUCUGUGUUGCAAAAUAUCAGGCCAAGGUUGUAAAUUAUGUUACUGGAGUCAGCAGGUCACAAAGAAAGGCAGCAAAAACAUUGGGGAUUGUGGUAGUGGUUUACUUUAUGUGUUGGCUACCGUACUACAUUGUGAUCCUUAUUGAAGGAAAUGAGUCAACAGAAUCGGUUGAAUUUAAUAUAACAUGUUGGAUUGUGUACAUGAAUUCCUGUAUGAAUCCUCUCAUUUAUGCACUAUUUUAUAGAUGGUUUAGAAAAUCAGCUAAACACAUUCUGACUCUAAAAAUAUUUAAACCAUCAUCAGAAUACUUAAAUCUGUUUCCAGAAGAUCUGUGA